AUGAUAUUUCGACAUUUGAAAAAUAGCAGAAAUGCAUUGAAAUUUGAAAACAAAAACCUUGAAGGAAAUAAUGAAAUAUCAAAGAAAAUCGGGAAAAAUACAGAAAAUGCGACAUGGAAAAAUUUUGUUUCAAAAUAUCCAAAAAAUUUUGAAAUUAAGAUUUUAUGGUACAUAAGGAAAACCCACAAUUGA